GACCGGGUCCAUCGCCGCGUGAAGGGACGGUUUCACUUUACGUCGCUGCCUGAUGCUGGGAAUCAAAGGGGUCUCCUGAACUUUCGCUUUUCUUCUUUGUUGAUCCGACUAUCCUCUCCAAUCGGCUGUAUCGCUCGCUGUCAGCCAUGCGGUUUCUUACUUACUCUAUCCCCCUCGUUGCAAGUGCAAUCUCCCUCUUGGGGGUCAAUGUACAAGCUCGCUCUCAAUCACCAAGUGCCAUCCGACAUGUUUCCACUCUCGACCACACCACAAUCAAGACACCCUCGCAGCAGGUCGAUCAUCUGUCCAAUUUUGACAUCAUUUUCAAUCUCCAUGACAAUGACCAGCGGAUAAAGCUCGAGCUCGAGCCUAAUCACGACAUCCUGGCCGAAGAUGCCUACGUGCAGUACCUCGACGCGGACGGCAAUGUUCGACGGGAAGAGCCCAUUGCGCGACACGAGCACAAGGUCUUCAAGGGGAGAAGUCUGCUCGGUCGAGGCAAAAGCAUGUGGGAUCCGGUCGGAUGGACGCGGAUUUACUUGAAGAAUGACGGGCCGGACCCGCUAUUCGAAGGAGUCUUCAGUGUCAAUGGCGACAACCAUCACGUCGAACUUAAAUCUACAUACCUGGAGAAAAAGCGCGACGAGGAUGUCGACAUUGUGAAUACGCCGACGGACUAUAUGGUCUUCUAUCGGGACUCGGAUAUGGUGCGUCGGCAUACGGAACUCAAGCGUUCAUCGCUCGGGUCGACCUCGUGUCAAGCCGAUAAGCUGGGUUUCAACACCGACCCAAAUCAUCCUGUGUUGCAAUCCUUCGGCCAGGAAGACACGAGUGCCUGGGGAGGCAUGUCUUUGACUUCGAUGUUCGGACUCAGCAGGCGACAAUCGGACAUUGGGAAUGUGACCGGUAAUGCCGGCGGGGUGAACCUGCAGUCGACCAUUGGCGACACGUCGGGCUGUCCGAACACCAAGCAAGUGGCCCUGAUUGGCGUUGCAACGGACUGUUCAUUUACCGGCUCAUUUGGCAACGAAACCGCCGCCAAAGAAUCGGUCAUCAGCAUUGUCAACAGUGCAUCCAGUGUUUACGAAAAGGCGUUCAACAUCACCAUCGGCCUGCGGAACCUGACCAUCACCGACAGCUCAUGUCCCGACAAUCCACCCGCUGCUACCGCGUGGAAUAUGCCCUGCUCCAGCGGGAAUCUCACUUCUCGACUGGACCUGUUCUCCAAGUGGCGCGGAGACCAAACCGACGACAACGCAUAUUGGACCCUGAUGAGUAACUGCGCGACGGGAAAUGAGGUCGGACUGGCCUGGCUAGGCCAACUCUGCAAUUCGGAUGCUUCUUCGGAUGGUUCCAGCACGGUCAGCGGAACCAACGUCGUCGUCCGUUCCUCCGGGGCCAGCUGGCAAAUCUUUGCGCAUGAAUCCGGCCACACCUUCGGGGCCGUCCACGACUGCGACUCCCAGACUUGCGCACAAGAUCUUGAGGCCACGUCUCAGUGCUGUCCGUUGACCACCUCCACCUGCGAUGCGGAUGGGAAGUACAUCAUGAACCCUACAACCGGGACGGACAUCACCGCAUUUUCGAAAUGUACCAUCGGCAACAUCUGCUCGGCUUUGGGCGGCAACAGCGUCAAGUCCAGCUGUUUGUCCGCCAACCGCGACGUGACCACCUACACCGGCAGCCAGUGCGGGAACGGGAUCGUCGAGUCUGGCGAAGACUGUGACUGUGGCGGGGAAGAGUCCUGUGGGGACAACAAGUGCUGUGACGCCACGACAUGCAAGUUCAAGUCCGGGGCUGUGUGCGACGAUUCCAACGACAGCUGUUGCUCCAGCUGCCAGUAUUCGUCGGCCGGUACGGUGUGUCGGGCCAGCCGCGGAGACUGUGACGAGGCUGAGACGUGCAGCGGCAACUCGAGUACUUGUCCUACAGACGCGUUCAAGAAGGACGGCACCAGCUGCGGCAGCAGUGGCGCCGGGCUGACCUGUGCCAGCGGCCAGUGCACCAGCCGGGACUACCAAUGCCGGAGCGUGAUGGGCACCCUGUUGCACAGCAACGACACCUAUGCAUGCAGCGCAUUCAGUUCCUCGUGUGAGCUGAUUUGCACGUCCCCGAAAAUCGGCGAAUGUUACAGCGUCAACCAAAAUUUCUUGGACGGCACUCCCUGUGGCGAUGGCGGAUCUUGCAGCAACGGCGACUGCAAGGGCCAGAAUGUCGAGUCCUGGAUUAAGAACCAUAAGGGCAUCGUGAUCGGUGUCGCCUGCGCCGUGGGAGUCCUGAUCCUGCUUGCACUUUGCUCCUGCAUACUGGGGCGCUGUCGCCGGGCCCGCGCGCCCAAGCCUAUGCCACGUCCAGCAUACGGAGGCUGGACAGGCCCUAUGCCUCCACCACCGCAGAUGAACCAGUGGCCCGCGCGAGGCUAUUACGGGGUAGGCAAUGAGCCUCCGCCGCCCUACCCAGGCCCGACCGGCCAGCCGGUGCAGUACACGCCCCCGGGGCGAUACGCUUGAUACUUGUUCAAUAUAGUCUUACAUCAUGAUCCUGUGAGCGCUAUUUCUUCAUGUUGACGACUGACAUUCUGGUGUACUAUCGACGGCGCAUGUAGUUCUGGAUGUUGAG